AAAAAACAACUUCUCUAAAAUUUUGGGUACCCAGAAUCAUUCAUUGCACCAUUGAAUAUUCACACGAAGAACACACGUUUUUGGUGUUUCUAUUCUCUCUUAUUCAAUAAUCUGAGACCCAGAUUCUAAACUAGCUUCAUAUAAUUAUUCUCUAGAUAAUUAACACCGUCAAAAGGCAAAAAAAAACAUGUAUCCAAAGGUGAAAGUGAGGGACCAAGAAGAAGACGAUCAGUUUGGUUAUGAAAGUUCUUUGCAGUCCUCAAAGGGUUUUGAAUCUCUCUCCAUACAUGAAUUUCCUUCUCCGGCUUGGGAGUGCGAAGAUCCACCAUCCAUUGUGAGAAUUUCAGGGUCUAAUAUCUCAAAUUCAGCCAUGCCCACAGUUCCGGCAUCCAAAGGAAAGAGCAACAACAAAAAAGUUGUAGGGGAUAACAAGCCAAAUAUCAGGGCUAGUUCAGUCCCCCGACCACGUGCUGUCUUGUCUAGUCCUGAUAAUGAUGGGGUGAUUGGAAGCAAAAACAGGACAAGAGAAGUACUUUCGGGCUUGAAAAAUCAUAAUUUGUGUCAGCACAGACACACCCAAUGUAAGGUUACCCCAAGGCCCAUUGUCUUCGGAAGUCCUGUAGACACAAGAGGACAGUUAACUGUAGCUGCUGAUAGUAGGAAAGAUCUCCAAGGGAAAAGACGGUCAGGCAUAGCUGAUCAAAGUCAGAGAACUCACCUUAGAAAAGAGAAACCACAAUCUAAAUAUACUACUCAUGGAGAAGCUUUACUUCUGUAAUAAAACACAUGCUUCGUUUAUUCAACACCAAUGCCAUGUGUAAUGAAUGUGGAUUUUGGAAUUCCAUGUAGAACAAGUUCUCGAUGUCUCUUCUUUUUUCUUCUCUCUUUUGCAGAGGAAAAGAAUCAUGUUAAGAUGCUCUGAAUGUAGGAUCUUCUCUCAUUUUGAGUCAACUGGCAUGGUAGGCAUUCUCUUUGAUAUUGUUGUCUGGUGCAGAUAAUUGGGCAAAAUC